GUCCUGGAAGAUCCACGGUUGAAGCAUUGCCUGAAAACUGAUAGUAUAAACGAACCAAGCGAGGAUUCUGAUGCACCUGCGUUAAACAGUCCAAAUCCAAACUUUUGCCUGGCUAAGGCUGAUGUUGCGAAACGCAUAAUUGACUUUGCUCUACGAUUGAUGGACAUCGGCAGCAAACGCCUCACGGAAGAAGAACCGGAGCCAGAAGCCUCAAGUGAUACAUCAUCACUUCGAUACGGCAGCAUGUUCCAACUUUGUACUGACAGGGCCCUGCACGAAGCAUACAACCGUCCAGCCACAGAGCCUGCCAAACAGAAGUCAAAUGACCGCGAAGCCAUUGAAACUCUCAGUACACCACCCAAGGAAUACGCUACGGCGGCGUAUCUAUUCCGAUGGAUCAGUAGACUGCUGCCCGUGGCAACGGCCUUCUACACGAUGGACGACCACUGUACAGAAGCUGUUGAGUUGUCCUGCUGCCACGCUCGUGCGUACAGUUAUAUAGCAAUUUACGAGAGCGAUCCCACCCGACAGUGCUGCAUGCAAAAACGCCGCUCAGAUAUACUGGAAGCCCUCCUGGACCGGCUAAACCCCCAGCACUACAUGGCCCUGCGGCGUCAAAUCAUGUUCGACCUGGCCGAUGCCCUCAGCAUCCACAGUGCUGUCAAGAUCCAAAAGACGGGGGUAAGGUUGCCGUUUCGUCUUUUCUACAUUCUGCGGGGUCAAUUUGGCAAUACCAAUAUGCUGAUUAACAAAAUUUACAUGUUUACUACUUAA